GANCUUACUUUGUUCAGUUGUCAGCGGUUAACUACGCAGGAGACAACUUCCAAUCCCAAUUAGGACCCAUCUUUGUCGACUCGUCAGAACCCACAGCCGGACUGGUAGUUGAUGGAACUGACUUCCAGAUGGACGUAACUGACAGUGCAGACAGAAACCAAGUUACUGGCACAAUCCUUCACUUGUCCAACCCAGUGGGUCCACCCUGUCCACUGAGAGAUGUUCCCUUCACUGAUCCACAAUGGUCAGCGAUGGACUUCAAGGGACUGUGGAAUAUGAAACAAGACGAAUGGGACUUGGAGUACCAGACACAACAGGUGUUUACAUCCGACGAGAGUGGGACACUGAAAAUGGAGCGGGACACAAGGGGACGGCGUAUGCUGUCUGGUGCCUACAUCAUCAAUGCACAGAUUGUCAGGAGUUCAGAAUAUGAGUUUGAUCUGAAGGCAGCACUACCUGACCUGCACAGCGUGACCAGUAUUCUUUUCUGGGAUGGCCCAGAUAGAACAGUCGGGGAAUUUGACUUUGGUGGACGGGAGAACUGGCGAGAAGGAAUCUGUCAGUGUUGCUAUCAACAACCCUUUAAUCAGUCCUUGUGUCCUCAAUGUGACUGUGAGGAUUUCUUGGGGAUACCCGAUUCCUUUGAUGACAACUCGACGCAUGUCAACACCACCGCUCUGCCCUCAUUAAGAACAACCAGUGACUUCGUGGCCACAGAGACAACGGAAGAGACCGACUCAAGCAAUGGAAAUGGUGUUCCAAUGACAACCAGGAACCCGAAACCCUGGACAGUCCGCAAACUAGACGCAGACGGAGACAGUGUGUCUGACGAUGAGAGCGGGCGAUGGAUCUCACAAAGAGCCUGUGGCUUUCAACUCUAUCCAAAUGGCGGCGCAUCUCAAGCUGUACUGUGGUGUCGUUACUUUGAGGAUGGCUGGCCGAUGAUCUCAGAGCCUGUAGAUCUGGACUUUGAUCCAUCAGUGGAGGAGCGCCAUUACUCGGUUCACUUCAAAGUCAUGCCGUUUGAUGCACAAGAGGACGAAUGGUCCUUUGAAGUCUACGUUGAUGGCAAUCUACUCUCCUCACUUACUGGUGUACCAAUCAUGUCCUCAUCAACGAAACUCAUCCUUCAUGUCUUCAAUCAAGACAGCUACAUUGCGGAUCUGCAAGACCCCUUCAAUCCACCGGCCGUCACAGCCGAACUCAAGAACCUGAGGAUGCCUCCUGAGCAGAGCAAGCUGUGUCGCUACGGGGCACCAUUCAGGGCUGGCACCAGUCCCGUCUCCCGCUACUUUGCUGGUGUCGGUUCGGUAGCAGGAGCCACAGAUAUCGUACCGUUCAGGGAGAUCGCAAGGCCCUGUGUUCCUUGCAUCAACCCCUGUGAUCGUUACCAGUGUGAUCCCUCGUGUACCCUUGAUGCUGUUCCCAUCACAUUCACUCUCACCAACCUGUCUCUGGCUAGACUGGAUCUCUUGAAUGAAACUCUAGAGAGUGAUGGAAAUGCAACGACACCAUCUUCAGGAGACAACGAGGGAUCACUCCCAUUUUUUGUGACAGUGAAAUCUUUCCUUGGAAAUGGAAAAUCGGUUUCAGCAUCCUCCAAUGGUUUCUACAUUGACGACACCCGACCAGAACUAGAUGUGUUCUUCUAUGUAGACGUCAACGUCAACCAGUAUGAACCGGCGUCCUUCCAGUCCUCGGAAUCUACCAUUAGUGUUCUCUGGAGCUUCGUAGAUACAGAGAGCAUGAUCAAGGAGCAAUACUGGGCCAUAGGAACCUCCAGAGGGACAACAGAUCUGCAAGACUUUGUCAACGUUGGGUUGAACCAGACAGCUACCAAUAGAAAUCUGCUGGGAUCACUGCACCACAACACCACGUACUAUGUGACCCUGAAGGCUGUCAAUGGAGCCGGCUUGGAAACGCUUGUAGAAUGUGAUGGUGUUACUGUCCUACUGGAAGAGCCCACUGCAGAUGAUGUUAACACAACCUCAAUGUUCAGCCAGCAGUUUCAGGAGGAGGUUUACCCAUCUGGAAUAGAGAAAAAUGACGACCCAACCAAGACUGGGGCGUCCUGGUCCAAACCAGAGGAUGAAUCCAUCGUUCGUUAUGAGUAUUGUGUGAGCAGUUCAGCGGAGCUCCUAGAUGACGUUGUUCCCUGCAUGGUGGUUGGCAGGAACGACUCAGGCUCAGUGGCCAUCGAGAAUGGAAUGAUCGUCGUCCGAGCCGGUGACAGGGAGGAGCGGUUCAACAUCACCGACUUCAAGGCACCCACGGAUGCUACUCAGGCAAAGAUAACUAUAAAAGCUGGGAAGUUCAACAUGGAGCCUGGAAAGUGUCUACAUACCUGGAUGAGGAUGUGUAACCAAGCUAUGCUGUGUGUGACCGUUUCCGCGGCAACAACCACAAUAUUGGGAGACAGCGAUAUGAUGAUGACAUCAACCAAUGGUACCGACCUUGUCCUGACGUCAUCAGCAAGUCAGAGGAGAAGGAAGAGGUCGACGGGUAAUCACUUUGAUGUUACCUUGGCUACGUCAGGAGGUCUGCACCAGGGCGGUUCACUCAUCCUUGGCCUGCUGGAUGCGAACCGAACCAUCCAGGAGUUUACAUCGGAUGCUUCCCCUGAUUAUAAACCUUACAUCACCAAUCCCCUGUCCACCAUUGAGUACACGUCAAGACUGCUCAAGCAAAGGAUACGUUUCGUGUACGAACCAACAUUCUACGUUGCCAGUCUUGGGCAGACUGAGCUCCAAGGACCAAUGACGAUUACUAUCACUCUUGGCACACCGGGAAACUGGACAGAGGCAAAGCCAAGACUUAUCUACUGGGACACAGAUCACUUUGAAUGGCGUGAUGCAGCGAAGACCUGUAGUGAUGUGGAUCGCAUUACUUACCUUGAAGACGGGAACCAGGUUAUCGUGGAGGUUUGCUCUACCCGGGCUCCAGUCUCUGCGCCCUCAGCUGCUGGUCGCAAGCGGCGGGCCGUGCAAGAGGAACCUAUGCUGACAAGUCCCACUUAUUUCAGCCAUGAGACCCAUUUUGCCUUGGCUGUGGUUCUUAAUGCCAUCCCUAACGACCCUCCCAUAAUCACAAACCUUAUCGAGAACAUGUUCAUGGAAGAGGACGAAGGUACUUUACAGUACACAUUUCAGGCCAGUGAUGCAGAAGAUGACGUACUAGUCUUUGAGCUUGGUAGCAGUGGGGACUUACAAGGCACCGCGACGAUCACUAAGGAUGGAAAAUUCAGCUUUACGCCUUGCGCUGAUUGCUUUGGUACUGUCAUUGUACAAAUCACUGUGAGAGAGAUACAGACCUUCAGUGAAAUCAAACCCCUGUCUACCAGUGUCAACAUCACCAUUGAAAUCCGUCCCGUCAAUGAUAACCCUGUAUUGUACAGCGCUCGGAACAGACACAUUGUUGGCAACGGACGCAUUGCCUUGUUAAUCGUUGAGCAGAACACAGGAUCAAAUGUCGCCUACAAGGAUCUGGUUGCUGAGCUGGGAGCAUAUGAUGUUGACACCAACGACAACCUGACCAUCCUAACCCAGCAUGUGACCUACGGCAACCUGACAUUAACAUGGCAGUCGAGGUCCGUGCCGUCCAGGCAGAACUGCAGUGUGCCCUCUGGAGACACCGAACAGUCAGUCAUCCCGUGUGGACUACAGUUGCCGCAUGAUGAGAGAAACAUGACCUGGAUUGUGUCCAGAUUCACCUACGCUCCCUACCCUAACUACCACGGCAGGGAUAGCUUCCUGGUCUUGGUUGAGGACCAGUUAGGGGCCGUGUCUCAGCUUCUGGAGGUACAGAUUGCUGUACUGGUCAACCCUUGCAUCAACGGUGGAAUCUGUAGAGGACCUGUGGCUGACCCUGAUUGUAACUCCCCAGUACGUAGCAGUGGGUUCAAUUUCUACUCCUGCCUCUGUCAGUCUGGCUGGGUCGGUGACAUCUGUGAGAUUGAUUACGACGAAUGUCAGUCCACACCCUGCGAAUAUCCAUAUGUCUGCUUCGAUCGCCUCGACGGAUUUCAGUGUGCCUGCCCGUUGUCUGAUCCACUGUGUGAUGACCUAGAUUGGAGAAUCAAAGUUAUAAUUGGCUUUGCCAGCUGCCUGUUUGGACUGCUCACUGUUGCUGUUAUGGUAUUCUGCUUCUGCAAGAAGAAGUACGGCAAAAAAUCAAAAAUCCAUCCAGCCAAUGAAUCUGACGAUGAUCAGCUGGAACCCAGUGCUAACAGCACUCCACAAGCCUUUGAGAAUCUCACAUUUGAAGACAGCAGUGGAGAUCACACAGAUGCUUCUGAGGAGGGGGAUAGCCAGGCUAGCGCCAGCCAUCCAGACAGCCCUCAAGCAAAAAGACUAUCUGUGGUCUCAACCCUUUCUAACAGCUCGAGCGGCUCCUUGGGCAUCAAGAAGAGGCCCUGGUCUCGCCUGAGCCGUUCCAAUGCUGUCGCUGAUGCACCGGGAGAGGCUUCUUCUAUGGAUGAUGGUUCUGCUCCUUGUACAUCUUCCUUGAGUUCUCAGAGUCUGCAGCCUAUGCUUGCAGGUCAUGCUUUGAGCCAUGCCAGUCCUCCCGUAAGCCCUAAGAUGUGGGCAGAACCAACCAUGCGCAAGCAGGACACCAACGCUGGAAAGCCGAGGGAGAUGAAGAUGUCGACGUCACAAAAGAGUCCUAAACAUUCUGGCAUGAAUGAAGCACCUCUCUGUGAGAUGGAGCUCCCAGGGUCAACGGUUAGCCUUACUGACAACGAGCAAAUCCUCCAGGAUGUCGACGAAACAAUUAUGUAAUGACCCACCGUGACUGUCUGCUAGCUAUCGCUCUUUGCUUGGCAUGGCUUCGAGGCUUAAAAACCAACUCAGAUUAAACAAUACCUAAUUUUCAUGCACACGAAGGCAACAUUUCCUUGGAUAAGCUUCCUAUAUCUGUGUCUGAUUAUCAAUAACAAAAUUCAAGGGUGUUAUCUUAAAUCCGGCAUUUGUUUACACAAAACUGCCCGAAAGACUUCCUAAUAAUGACACUGUAAACCUUACUCGCUCUUUGCUAGAUGUUGUAUAGUGCAGUAUAAACAGCAUACUGAUUAAUAAAAACAUGAAGUGGGCUAUUUUCCAAAGGUAUGCACCGAUUUUACUAAAGGAGUUUGGAUUUUUCUUGAGCUCUGUACUUGGUGCAUCUUUGUUAACUUGUGUCACGGACAUUAAAGGUAGACCUAUUGAAAAAAAAUGGAGCAGGAGCCUGCAACUGAUGCACAUAAAGACAACAAUCAAUCUUUAAAAAUUUUGACGAUAUUUUCCGGCUGAAACUGGAUAACUACGUGACCGAUAUGAAAAUAAUUGCAACCAUGAAGAAAAUCCUCCGUACCGGCAAUGAAAGUUUUGGCCCAAUUUACCAUGUGAAGAUUUUUACUGCCUUCAUCUGCCACCCCGCAUAUGCAAGAAAUUUAUACCAGUUGCCAAGGAGUGAAUUCAAGGUGCGCAAGAUCACUAGAGACAUGCUGUACUUCGCGUUUGUGCUAAAAAAGUCUUAUUUACCCAGAUUUUAUUACCCUGUUGCUGUGAGUGUAAACACAGAUGAUUCUGUAAUUUUAAGUGUUUAGCAUGAAUACUCUGAAAUAUAAAACUUUGUGAACUGCAGUAAGCAGGAGUUCUCUUACUUUAGUACGGCUUUUGUCAAAUGUUUAAUACUCAGAAUUAGAAAUACAAGCGCCCAUUAAAAUAUGUUGAUCCUUUACGCCAAAAAUGAACUAUUUUACUGUUAGAAAUGCUUCCAAUCAUUCACCAGCUCUGACCAGAUUUAUUCUUUGACGAACAUCAUGCAUCACAUGUCAUUUCUGUUAAGCCUUACAAGUUAUGUGGAAGUGGUUGUAGGCCUGUGUAUUCUGUGCUUAGAGCUCCGAAGGAAUGUUGUGUCGACCGUUCAUUACAGAAUACGCAGUAAUGGGAUGUACACAGAUGGGAGUCUUUUCAAACAACUGAAAAAUGAAAUUCUGUCUGAAACCUAGGUCGAACUUUCACAAAGUUGCAAGUGCAUUGCUUACGUUCAUGUAUCAAAAAUUUGUAUGAGAUUUAUUGAGGUGAAGUUUUGACAUGUAUACUCAGAUUGAGGAAUAAACACUUUUUGCAAGCAUAA